AUGUGCAUCUCGAUUGCGUCUACUAAACACCCGGAGUACCCGUUCAUUUUGAUUUCUAAUCGAGACGAAUACCUUGUGAGACCCACUGCGUUAGCCCAUUGGCACCAUGCGAAUAGUAUCUUGUCGCCGUACGAUCUCGCACGAGCGGAGCAGGGUACGUGGAUCGGAAUCAACAAGUUUGGCCGCUUAGCGCUACUCGUGAACUACCGGGAAAACACCAAGAAUUUGGAGAAGCUAUUUGGGACCGUGUCGCGUGGAUUGAUCACCAUGGACUUCUUGGAGAACGCAGAAGUUGGCGUUGGGGAAUGGGAGAGCAAGUUGAUAGGGUUGGAUCAGAUGGGCGGGUUUUCCAUGUUAUAUGGCGACUUGGGCGUGGACGAAAGCGGAAACUUGGAGCCAAUGUCACUUAUCAACAAUCGGGCCGAGGAUCCGAGCGAAUUGACACUGAAGGUGUUCCAGAAGGGUGAUGAGCUGACCAUCGGCUUGUCCAACUCGUUGUACAACCAACCCUGGCCCAAGGUCAUCCUAGGGAAGGAGCUCUUGAACGGGGUUAUCCGGAGGUCGACAGAGGGAAACUGGUCGGAAGACAAGUUGGUCGAGGAGCUUUUUGAAGUCUUAAGCCACGACACCUACGUCUUGACCACAGAUGAUGCGCAAAACUUCAACAACCUCCGUGAAUCCAUCUACAUACCGGCCUUUGCGACGAAUUACAUUCCUCAGAGAAAUAAGUGCAUCGGAAAUUACUACGGCACGCGAACCCAAACGAUUAUUUUGCUUGACCGCACUGGUACUAUCCACUACGUCGAGAGGAACCUCUUCUCAGAAGACAACUCCAAGGCAUAUGAUCCAACCAUCCAGCGCUUCUCCUACAGCAUUCAACCACAUGAAGCUUGA